GAAAAUUGUUUUUCCGCGCAUUAUUUGAUAAGAUUAUUUUUAAAGAUAUCGAUUUCAAGAUAUUGCUGAGGGUAUUAAUUUGAAUAAACUUACCUUCUUGGGGAACACACCUUAACUUUUUCUUCAAGAGCCCAGGUGGAUUUUCGCCGCAAUCAUUUUGAAAUUCGAAAAUGCCUCCAAAAAACAAAGGACCCGCGGAAAGCUCCUCCAAUGAGUCGGGUUAUAAUAAAACCGGCAAAACAGCCCUCCCUUCAGCGGGCGGGAGUGCGUCGGCCAGCGCGGGAAUCCCUCAAAGUGGCUCUGCAGAGUUAGGCGCGUACAUGCAGGAAUUGCUGCAGCGGAUGCAAUCGAGCUUUGAGAAUAUGUCAAAGCAGAUUGCUGGCCGCAUCGAUGAGAUGGAUGAGAGGGUUGGAGUGCUGGAGAAGUCUAUCGACGAGCUCAUCCAGCAGGCUGGCGCGGAGCCCGGAGCCCCGGAUCCGGUGAAAAAGAAAAAAUAG